UAGGCCCCUCUACCGAUGACCCCGGCCGAAACAGACACACACAAACACAUUCGACGCGGGGACGCUCGAGCGCACGCGCGAAUCGCCGUAGACCUCGCCGGAGGCGUUGACGAGCUUGGAUCCCGGCGAUCUACCUGACGGAGGCGGCCUCCAUGGCUCGAAGGUCGUCGUCCUCGUCGUUGGGGGCGUGGCGGUACCUGAACCCCGCGUAUUAUCUCAAGCGGCCCAAGCGCCUCGCCCUCCUCUUCUUCGUCUUCGUCGCCGCCACCUUCGCCUUCUGGGACCGCCAGUCGCUCGUCCGCGAGUACGAGUCUGAGAUUUCCCGACUGGAUGAUGAAGUAAAUCGGUUGCAUGACCAGUUAAGAAAGGCUGGAGUUCAUCUGGAUGAAAAUCCAAUAAGUGACAAAAUGUCCAGAAAAAAUCUUGUAGAAAUCGAUCCUAUUAAUAAUGAAAGGCGAGAAAAGGUUAAAGAGGCGAUGCUUCAUGCUUGGAAUUCCUAUGUAAAGUAUGCCUGGGGAAUGGAUGAGCUUCAGCCACAAUCAAAGAAUGGUGUCAAUAGCUUUGGUGGUCUCGGAGCAACCCUUGUCGACUCUCUUGACACACUGUAUAUAAUGGGCCUGAAAGAUGAAUUUCAGAAAUCCAGAGACUGGGUGGCAGAGUCAUUAGACUUUGACAAGGAUUAUGAUGCAAGUGUUUUUGAAACGACCAUAAGGGUUGUUGGCGGUCUCCUAAGUGCAUACGAUCUAUCUGGUGACAAAAUAUUUCUCGACAAGGCUAAAGAUAUUGCAGAUCGACUACUACCUGCUUGGGAUACAACAUCCGGCAUCCCUUACAAUCGAAUAAACCUAGCUCAUGGACGAGCCCAUAAUCCUGGCUGGACCAAUGGUGAUAGUAUCCUUGCAGAUUCGGGUACAGAGCAACUUGAAUUUAUAGCUUUGUCACAGAGGACCGGGGAUCCCAAGUAUCAGCAGAAGGCGGAGAAUGUCAUCACACAGCUCCAGAAGAUAUAUCCCAGUGAUGGUUUACUUCCUAUUUACAUAAAUCCUCAUUCAGGGACUGCUUCAUACUCAACCAUCACAUUUGGUGCUAUGGGAGAUAGCUUCUAUGAAUACUUGCUCAAAGUCUGGAUCCAGGGGAAUAAAACUGAGCAUGUAAAACAUUACAGACAAAUGUGGGAGACGUCAAUGGAAGGUUUAAUAAGCUUGACCAGGAAAACUACACCCUCUAAUUACCAGUACAUUUGUGAGAAGAAUGGUGGCUCAUUAUCUGACAAGAUGGAUGAACUUGCUUGCUUUGCUCCUGGUAUGCUGGCAUUAGGAGCCUCUGACUAUGGUCCUGAAAAAUCUGAAAAAAUUAUGAAUCUUGCAAAAGAGCUUGCUAGGACCUGUUAUAAUUUCUACCAAACAACUCCCACGAAGUUGGCUGGAGAAAACUAUUUUUUCCAUGCUGGACAGGAUAUGAGUGUUGGCACGUCCUGGAAUAUCCUGAGACCGGAGACUGUCGAAUCACUUAUGUACCUAUGGCGUUUGACUGGGAACAAAACAUAUCAAGAUUGGGGGUGGGACAUAUUCCAGGCAUUUGAGAAGAACUCCCGCAUAGAAUCUGGAUAUGUGGGGCUGAAAGAUGUGAACACUGGUGAAAAGGAUGACAUGAUGCAGAGCUUCUUUCUAGCAGAGACGCUCAAAUACCUCUACUUGCUUUUCUCCCCUACAUCAGUCAUAUCCCUUGACGAGUGGGUCUUCAAUACUGAAGCUCACCCGUUGAGAAUUGCUCCGAUACAUGAUAACAAAGGCCAGUCAUCUGCCUUUGAGACACCAGUGGUUCGACCAUUCGGGAGAAAGCAGGGAAAACCCGAGUAAACUUGAAUUAUAGAGAGCAUUAUUGCAUCCACCGUCUCAGUUUGACCUGCCUGAUGAAGAUGUUCUGACACUAGGGGAAUUUCUGCCUGAAGCAGUAAAGGUUAGAAAUCACGGCAUUAGGCGGUUUAGAGGCAAAAAAAAAUUAUAGAGCACCAUGCGACAAUUGGGGAACUGACCUCCAAAGUACAAUCGGAGGUCAGUUGCCCCAUAGAAGCUUUUAUCUUUGGAUUUGUUUACGCGCCCUGAGCCGUGUUAUUGAUUUGUACCAUACAUCUAAUCACUGUACAUAUGUUGCUUGCCUGGGGCUUCUGUGGAACUGUAUUUCAUUAUUUGCCCCCGAUUUGUUACCUUUUUCAAUAUGAUUUAUAAGAAUGGUUUGUCUUCCUUUGUAGUAA